GUAGGGCGUCGUGUGCGUGCGUGCCUGUUGACCGGGAACAGUUCUUGCACGUUCCUCUUCUGACACACUUAAAACCUCUGCAUUUUACAGACCUAAGCUGUUGCUAUCAUGCCUGCCAAAAGGGGUGCUCCAAAGAGAAAAUCUGAGGCCAUUGUUGAAGAUACAGAUGCUAAGAAAGUGAAAGUUUCUCACCACAGCCAUGCCAAAGAAAUUGGUCUAGUUCUUGUACUUGGCCAAGGUGAUGUUGGGCAAUUGGGUUUGGGUGAGGAUAUCAUGGAGAGGAAAAAGCCUGCCUUUGUCACUCUUCCAGAGCAAAUGGUGCAAGUUGUUGCUGGGGGCAUGCAUAGCGUGUGUCUAAGUAACAUGGGACAUGUUUACACAUUUGGCUGUAAUGAUGAAGGAGCACUUGGUCGAGAUACAUCAGAGGAGGGAUCUGAGACUGUUCCAGGAAAAGUGGAGCUGGAGCAGAAGGUGCUCCAGGUGUCUGCAGGAGACAGCCACUCAGCUGCGCUCACAGAAGAAGGGGUUGUGUAUGUUUGGGGCUCUUUCAGAGACAAUAAUGGGGUCAUUGGUCUUCUGGAGCCAUUCAAAACAUGCACACGUCCAACCAAACUUACAAUUACAGAACCUGUUGUGAAAAUUGCUUCUGGUAAUGAUCACCUUGUAAUGUUGACACUGGAUGGAAAUCUGUACACCUCAGGUUGUGCAGAGCAGGGCCAGCUGGGCAGAGUCCCUGAGCACUUCUCAAACAGGGGAGGAAGGAAAGGCCUGAGUCGUUUGCUGGAGCCACAGAUGGUAAAACUUAAAGGGAAAGUUCAUUUCACUGACGCAUUCUGUGGAGCUUAUCUCACUUUUGCCGUGACAACUGAGGGCUAUGUGUAUGGAUUUGGUCUCUCAAACUACCACCAGCUUGGCACAAAAAGCACAAAAAUGUGUUAUGUUCCGGUUAAACUUACAUGCUUCAAGAACUCUACCACGUCCUGGGUUGAUUUUGCCGGUGGACAGCAUCACAGCCUUUGUCUUGACGCUGAAGGACAGGUAUAUAGUCUGGGGAGGGCUGAGUAUGGUCGACUGGGAUUAGGAGAAGGGGCUGAGGAGAAGAGCGAUCCUACACCGGUUACAGGAAUGGAGCCAGUGUGUAGUGUGGCAUGUGGGGCUUCUGUAAGCUAUGCUGUCACUAAAGAAGGUGAUGUGUAUUCUUGGGGCAUGGGAACAAACAUGCAACUUGGCACAGGAGAGGAGGAUGACGAGUGGAGUCCAGUGAAGAUGACGGGCAAGCAGUUGGAAAACCGUACAGUAUUGAUGGUGUCCAGUGGGGGGCAGCAUACAGCACUGUUAGUCAGAGACAAACAGGAUAGCUGAUGUUCCUCCAGAGGAUGGUGGCGUGGUGUUUUGUAGCUGUGUUCAGUUUGCCUAAAUCAUAACAUAAAAUGUGACUACUUGUGAGGAGCCAGGGGGUCUGGUUUAGUCCCUGAUGGAAGUAGUUCUUUGUAUGAGGCAAAUGACUGUAGCUCAUGACAAAUGAGAGACUUAUUUUUUUAAUUCUGUUUUUGGAGAUCUGGCGCCUUUGAAAACUGUAAAUUACAUGGAAAGGGACAUUUCUAUGUGUCUCAAGCAUGCACAGGGAGAAAUUAUUGUUGCCCUUUUAAUGAUAAGUUGCAACAUUUUUAGAUAUUUAAAGCAAUAAUUCCAGUUUGGCCUUGGUUUAGACAGGAUCAUUGAGAAAGUUAAACUACUGUUUGUUGUAUUUUGAGGAGACGGUGCUAUGGCCUUUUGGCAUUUUGUAAUGUAAUAAUCUAUCCAGAAUAGUAUCAGUUAUCCUGUCUGAAAAUAAAGUUUUAAGUUUUUAA